GCUACCCUGAAAAUUAACGGCUCAGCGUACACUUGAGACUCCAUUCCCCAGUAAACUCGGCGUGUAGCAUGCAGCAUGGAGUCGCAAGUCACAGAACUGAAGAAGAAAAUUGAGGACACGUUGUGCCCUUUUGGCUUCGAGGUUUACCCCUUCCAGGUGGCAUGGUACAAUGCACUUCUACCUCCAGCCUUCCACUUACCCCUGCCAGGACCUACCCUGGCCUUCCUGGUACUCAGCACACCUGCCAUGUUUGACCAGGCCUUCAAGCCCUUCCUGCAGAGCUGCCACCUCCAACCACUGACUGACCCUGUGGACCAGUGUGUGGCCUACCACCUGGGCCGUGUGAGAGAGAGCCUCCCAGAGCUGCAGAUGGAAGUCAUCGCUGACUAUGAAGUACACCCCAACCGGCGCCCCAAGAUUCUGGCCCAGACGGCAGCCCAUGUGGCAGGGGCUGCUUACUACUACCAACGACAGGAUGUAGAGGCUGACCCCUGGGGGACCCAGCAUAUAUCAGGUGUGUGCAUACAUCCCCGAUUUGGGGGCUGGUUUGCCAUUCGAGGAGUAGUGCUGCUGCCAGGCGUAGAGGUGCCAGAUCUGCCACCCACUAAACCCCUCGACUGUGUACCAGCAAGGGCUGACCGCAUUGCCCUGCUCGAAGGCUUCAAUUUUCAUUGGCGUGACUGGGCUUACCGGGAUGCUGUGACACCUCAGGAGCGCUACUCUGAAGAGCAAAAGACCUACUUUUCCACACCACCUGCCCAACGCUUGGCAUUGUUGGGCUUGGCCCAACCUUCAGAGAAACCUAGCUCAUCAUCCCCGGAGCUUCUGUUGAACACACUCCUACCCAACAAAUCUCAGAAUCCCAGCAGAACCCGGGGGUGGCUGAGUCCCAGGGCCUCACCAUCUACAUCUCCUGGUCCUUGAUGAGCUCCCUCCCCUGUGGGAUCCCUAUUUUCACUAAUAGUACUUGCUAGGGCUCAUUUAGCGUUGGCAAGGCAAAGAUUUUACUUAGGUAAAAGAUGAUUACUUUUGAUAAAAGAAUUAUAGUAGAGCUCUUCAAUGAAGAUAAGGCUCACAGACAUUUUAUCAGAACAAGAAAUUAAAGAUCAGAGCAACUAAUUAUCUCAAUGGGGUGGUGGGGAGGCAAGUCCAGAAUUCCCACCUCCUUUGGAAUAUAUGCUCUACAGUGCUCCAACAUGCUACUUGAUGCAGAGCUUAAGGGGCAAUAAUCCUGGAAGUAAUGGUGUAAGUAAAUGUCUCAUCCUGGCUGGUGUGGCUCAUUGGAUUGAGUGCCAGCCUGCAAAUCAAAAGGUGGUCCAUUUGAUUCCCAGUCAGGGCACAUGCCUGGGUUGUGGGCUGGGCCCCCAGUGGGCGGCUUGCAAAAGGCAACCAAUGUUUCUUUCUCCCUCCCUUCCCUUCUAAAAAUAAAAUCUUAAAAAAAGUCUCAUUGUAUUGUUGCAGGGACUGAACACAUUUUUUUAGGGCUUAUUUUAUUCACGUGAAAGAACGGGGAAAGAGAAACAUUGACCUGCUGCCUCAUGCACUUGCCCCAACUGGGGACUGAGCCCACAACCCUGGCAUGUGCCCUGAUCUGGAAUUGUACCCACCACCUUUCAAUUCCAGGACAAUCCAACCAAGCCAAGCCAGCCAGGGCUGUAACACAUUUCUGAAACAAUGACUGGCCCUAUGAUGUUUCAGUUGUUGUUGAAGGCCCUGGGAAUCCUGUGCUGCUGUUAACAGGUCUUGCUGUCUGAAUACUGAAGGGAUAGGUAGGCUGGGGUAGCUGAUAAAGAUAAGUGUCUGGAAGAUCACCAUGAUACACUGCAGUAUCCUUGGUUCUGAAUCUGACCUAGCCACAAGGACCCAGUAGUCCCAACCCCACCUCUACCUCCCUCAGAACAAUAAUUAUGAAUGAGGGUCAAAAAAGGGCUACCCUCAAAUCAAGGCUAGAACCCAGGAAAAGUGAGAAGUGUUCAACCUUGUGCUGGUCGUCUCCCCAUUUCAGUUCCAAAAGUACAGAGCCUCAAAUUCUGACCUUUUACAGAACCAAUAGCAGGCUUUUAUCAGAAGCAGCCAAGCUUCAGGUUCUCAUGUAGCCCUCUUAAUAGUGUGAAGGGUAAAUGCCCAAGAAAUGUCACUGGAGCUAUAACCUACAAUGCAGCCUAUAGAAAUAAACGGAAGUGCAAUGGCCAAUACCACUGCAGGUCUUGCUCUUCUUCCCAAAUAUAGUGAAACAAUAUUAAUAUCCUGUUAGUUCCAUUCCCUAUUUGCAUUUUCCCUCUAAUUUCCUUAUUCUGAGGUAGCUCUCAUUUCUCAUUCACCGCUAAAGAAGGAAAAUAAACAGUAAGUCAAAGGCUAAUGCCCUCUAAAAUAAAGAAACAACAAGGUCUCAGUUCAAGUUUAAUAGAAACUACAAAAGAUAAAAGGUGAUGCCCCACUACUGUAUACAUCAGUUGGCCCGCUCCAUUAGUUCAGGCCAUUUCCUCCAGAAAAAGAAAUGCCAGCCUCCCCAAACCCUGCACGAAAGGCCUGUCCUGUCCCGUACCACAUCUGGCCUAAAUCUAAGAUAUUAUGUUUUAAACAUGAAAAUAGUAAAAGAGA